GAGUGUGAUUUGGGACAUGGCCGUGUGGAGGGGUACCGCCCCCUGUCAGAGCCACGCCUGCUGGAGCUGCAGCCUGGCAGAGGAGGACGACGCUGCUGCUGCUGCUGUCAAUAGCAGCGAAAAAACCCCACGACGCCCAAAACACUAAAGAAUAACAAACUAAAGUAGUGACUACAGAGGAGAGUGAGUGUCUGUACUGCAGUAUACGAGUUGUCAGCGCGGUGUGUGUGAGCUGUAGGUGUGUAACAGGAGCAGAAGGAGGAGGAGGCUCCACAGUGUCUGCGCUGUGUUGUGUUUACACACGCCUCACUUCAGCCGCCACGUUUCAGUGCGCUAACUCAACUGUCUCCUUCAGCUCACACUGCAGCUCUUCUCGCAAUGGACGCGUGAAAAUCAUUCGAGGUGUGCGGAGAAAACCAGAAACGACUUGCUUGUGUAAGGAAAAGUGCAACUCGUUUGUUCCAGCUCCAUGCGGGACGCCUGCUCUGGCCGUCUUCUAACAGUGUGUGCACACUUCCGAGCAGAAAGCUGUUCAAGAGCAGCCGAACAGGACGAGAGAAAAAAACCACACACACACAGAUACACAGACACACACUCCAUGUGAUUUGUUGCACAGCCGAGAUCCAGCUGUAGUUUGGAGUUUGUUUUUUGUCCUCUUUGUCGAGUUGAGAAGUGGAGAUGGAGGGCGCGGAGGACAAAGGGAGAGGGAGAGGGAAGGAGAGGAGCUUCUCGCUGUGGUAUGUGGGCUGCAGCGCGCUGGACCGGCGCACCACGCUGCCCAUGCUGCCGUGGCUGGUGGCAGAAAUCCGCAGGAAGAGCGAGUCCGGUCCGGUUCAGGCUCGGCUGGUCCAGCUCUCUCUCACCCCCCCAGUAAUCCGCUGCGUGCCUGCCAACAGCAGCAGCUCGUCCGUCUUUAUAUUUGAGCACAAAGCGCAGUGCAUCUCGCGCUUCGUCCACAACAGCCAUGACCUCGCCUACUUCGCCUACCUCAUCCGCAGCCAGCCGGACGACCCCGAGUGCGAAAUGGCCUGCCAUGUGUUCAAGGCGUGCGACCCAGACCAGGUGUCUGAGGUCAUCAGCAGCAUCCGGCAGGCCUCCAAAAGCGCACUCAAAGAGGAAAACAAACCCAGGCAGGAGGCUGAGGAGUCCUUUUACAACUCACAAAAGUUUGAAGUGCUUUACUGUGGCAAGGUGACAGUGAACCACAAAAAAGCACCGUCCACCCUGAUUGACGACUGCAUCGACCUGUUUCGGCAUCACGAGUCAGAGCGCAGGCGUCUGCGCCUGCUGAAUGGCCAGCGCUCUAUUGAGACCCCGGUGGUGUUCAGCGUGGGAGACGACCCACUCAGUGCAUCGCUCUCUGAAGCUUCACUCACAGAGAUAAAUGAGAAAGCAGGCGGUACGCGCAGUGCCUUCCCCGAGUGCAUCCAGGAGGACUCAGGCUUUGAGCAGCAGGAGUUCCGCACUCGCUGCAACAGCUUGGCAGGUGGCUUACAGAAGACUCCUAGAGAAACGGGAGCCAAAGUGCCAACACGUAGGAGACAUGCCAGCGCACCUAACAAUGUUCAGCCCUCUGAUGCAGACAAGAAUCGCACCAUGUUGUUUCAGGUGGGGCGGUUCGAGGUGAAUAUCAUCAGCCCUGACAGCAAGACAGUAGUGCUGGAGAAGAAUUUCAAAGAUAUCUCGUUUUGCUCCCAGGGAGUGAAGCAGACAGACCACUUUGGGUUCAUCUGUCGUGAUGUGCUGGAGUCAGGACCCAACCAGUACAUAUGCUACGUGUUCCAGUGUGCCAGUGAGUCUCUGGUGGAUGAGGUGAUGCUGACUCUGAAGCAGGCCUUCAGUACAGCUGCGGCACUGCAGAGCUCCAAAACCCAGAUCAAGCUAUGUGAGGCCUGUCCAAUGCAUGACCUGCACAAGCUUUGUGAGCGAAUCGAAGGGCUGUACCCUCCCAGAGCGAAGCUGGCCAUUCAGAAAUACCUCUCCCUGCUGAGCGAUAAUGAGCAGGCAGACAUUUUUGAACGUGUACAGAAGAUGAAGCCAAGUUGUGAUCAGGAGGAGAACGAGCUGGUCAUUCUUCACCUCAGGCAGCUGUGUGAGACCAAGCAGAAGACACAUGUACAUAUUGGAGAGGCUCCUCAGAAUGCAGUAGGAUCAGAGGGAUCAAGUGUAGCUGGACGCAACAAGCUGGAUGUGCUGAAAAAUAAGGCACGCAGCUCCCUGACCAGCUCCCUGGAGAACAUCUUUUCACGGGGUGCAAACCGGAUGCGCAUGCGUCUAGGAAGCAUGAGCAGCUUUGACCGACAAGACGAGUCUCCUGGUGAUUCUCCUCCAGGGACUCCCCCUGCUACCUUGGAAGAGGACCCUGACGCCCCUCCGUUCCGCCGCCGAGCACACACCUUUAGCCACCCUCCAAUCAAGAAGAGGAUCUCUUUCACAGAGUUGCCGACACAGAACAAGGUUCCUUUGCACAGACAACAGUCUCUUGCACCAGAGCUGCUGCAGAGCAGCCCGGUGCGCGUGCCAAGAAAACGCAGUGUCUCUGAGGGCGAGUCCUCCUUCAGCCUUCCCUCCUCCUUCUCCACUACCACUUUCCUGAAAAGUUUUUACCUGGGCUCCUUCAGCUCACUGGCCUCCCUGCCGGACAGCCCCAAGAGUAAUGGAGAGGACAGAAGCAGGAGGCUGUCUGGCUGCAGCACUGACUCGGUGACUGCAGUGACUACACGCAGAGUGUCGUGGCGUCAGAAGAUUUUCCUGAGGGUGGCGUCACCCAUGAACAAAGCCUCAGCCUCUAUGCACAAGGCUGAUAUGGAUGGCAGUGAGCUGUUGCCGCUUUCUCCCCGUGCCUUACAACAGGAGCAGAACCCCCUAUCUGGGCUGCUCUCCUCCACUCAGAGCCUGAGAGGAGAGAACGGACGCCGCACCACUGCUGAUUAUAGGGCUCUGUGGAAGAAGGCCAUCCACCAACAGAUUCUCCUUAUCCGCAUGGAGAAGGAGAACCAGCGCUUGGAGGCAAGCCGAGAUGAGCUACACAUCCGUAAGAUGAAGCUGGACUACCAGGAGGUGGGGGAGUGUCCUACAGAGGUGCAAGCUCUCUGGGAGAAAAAGCUAAAUGUGCCUUGCAGGACCAAAGUGCAGUGGGACAAAGACGAGAUCCACACUGCUCUCUGCCAGGGUGUCCCAAAAUGUCGGCGAGGUGAGGUGUGGCUCCUCCUCUCUCAGCAGUAUCGCCUGCGUCAUCAUCUACCUCAGCGGCAGCAGCCUCCUGAUACGCCCUACCAGGAUCUGCUCAAGCAGCUCACCACACAGCAGCAUGCCAUCCUGGUGGACCUGGGUCGCACAUUCCCCACGCAUCAGUACUUCAGUGCACAGCUGGGCGCAGGCCAACUGUCUCUUUAUAACCUGCUGAAGGCCUACUCUCUACUGGACACUGAGGUGGGCUACUGCCAGGGCAUCAGCUUUGUGGCUGGAGUGCUGCUGCUGCACAUGAGCGAGGAGCAGGCCUUCGACACGCUAAAGUUUCUAAUGUACGAUCUGGGGCUCCGGCGUCAAUACCGGCCUGACAUGAUCUCCCUGCAGAUUCAGAUGUACCAGUUGUCCCGGCUACUGCAUGACUACCACCGUGGUCUGUAUUCGCACCUGGAGGAGCAUGAGAUCAGCCCCAGCCUGUAUGCUGCUCCUUGGUUCCUCACACUCUUCGCCUCUCAGUUCCCCCUCGGCUUCGUCUCCCGCAUCUUCGACCUGCUAUUUGUCCAGGGCACAGAGGUGAUUUUUAAAGUGGCCCUGUGUUUGCUGAGCAGCCAUGAAGGAGAGAUACUGGAGUGUGACAGUUUUGAGAGCAUUGUAGACUACCUUAAGACCACCAUACCUGCCCUCACACAGAGCCAGAUGGAAGAGACAAUCACCAAGGCUUUAGAGAUGGACAUCUCCAAGCAACUGCACGCCUAUGAGGUGGAGUACCACGUCCUACAGGACGAGAUGGUGGACGCCGCUCCACUUUCAGAGGAGUCAGACAGGCUGGACAAACUGGAGAAGACCAAUGCCCAGCUCAAAAAGCAAAAUAUGGAUCUGCUAGAGAAACUGCAGGCAGCACGGGGGAAAAUCCAGAGUCUAGAGAACAGUGUAGAGAGCUUCCUGGCACGUGAGAGCCAGAUGAAGCACAUGAUCCGCUCGCUGGAGCAGGAGAAGGCCAACUACCAGAAGACCAUUGAGCGCAUGCGCAGCAGCCUCCCUGCAGACGCAGCUGACGUGGAGAUGACCCAGCUGAAGAUGAGCAGCAACAGCAAAACCAAAGCAGCCAACAAAUAACCCUGGGUUAGCAGGCAUGUCCUGACUGAACAUAUAGAACAUGCACAUUACAUCCAUGCAUAGUGGAGUACUGAGGGGGUGUGGAAUUUUCCCUUGGUAGUCCCUAGCAAAGCUUUUAAGGGGCUGUUGAACUUUAGGCAAAUGUCAAACUGACCAUGACUAAGAUAAAGGGUUGAUUCUGGGGAGGGAGUGUAACAAAUGUUAAGCUUUCUGCAAAAUAGGCCUUGCUUUUAGCAUCCACUUUCUCUGUACUUCCACGCCUACACAAAAUGCCCCAAAAGUCCUGUCAGACUUGCUUUACUCCACUGUACUAAAUUCACUUCAGGUUUAGGGAUCAUGGCUGCUGCAUAGAACAGAAACUUUGUUUCAGUGUCAGCUGUGUUGAAAACACUUGAAAACAAGAUGAAUGUAGUUUUUUUCCCCAAAGUGCAGUGUGACUCAUGGCUGUGUAAGGAGGAUCGCUGCCUUGAUGUCAGCGUAUGCUUUGAGAAUGGCAGGCAGUGUGAUUUUGAGCUUGCUGGAGAACUUUUACUGACGGAACACAACAAAAGCGGCAGUGACGCCAUCGAACGCCAAAAACCAAAAUAUUUAGCUUAUCAGAUCGACACUCUGCUCAAAGAGCUUAACCCAAAGUUCAAGCAGGAAAUGAAACUCUCUUUGAAUUUCCUCUGACUUUGCAGCACCGUCCAAAUUUAACCUACUCUCCAAACUCCUACACCUCUCUGGCAGUUCAUCAGUUACUGAAUGUGCUUCAAGGCAAAUCAGGCCUGCUGAAGACAGGAAGAGCCUACCACACCGUCUACCACAAUGCUGCAAUGUAUGUUCAUGAGUUAUGCAAGCUACACAGUGAAAAGUUUGUUUGCACAGGGCAUUUAAUGUCUAAAAGUAUUCCAUGAAGGUGUACAAAUUCUUCAGGGCUAUGAAAAUUCUGAAAAAAAAAACAAUUUAAAAACAAAACCCCCUCAAAAAAACCUAUAAUCCACCAUUUUUUUUUUUUUUUUUUUUUUUUUUUUUUUUUACAUGAACAAUCUUUGUGUUGUGUCAUGUACUACAAACUCAUUUGUAAAACGGUAUCUGGAAUUUGCGCAAAUAUGAAGCAUAUGUGCGGGAUACUUUUUUUUUUAUGUUCACUCUCCUCUUGAGUAGUUUCUAGAAAGCCUUCCAUGAGACAUAGCGUAUUAAUGAAAUUUGAAUGAAUGUUUUAUGUAUCACAUGUUUUUAAUGAAUGCUCAAUAACUUGCAGCUAUGCAAAAUGUUGUUGCACCUGAAUAGAAAAAAAUUCUCUUUUUUCUAUUGAAGAAGUGAUUUGGUAUGCGGUCUGUCGCAGGAAAGGAUCCUCCGCCAGUAAAGAGCUGCUAUUUCACAUAGCAUGAAUUGAGUAAAUGUGUGUAAAGCUUCUCAUUACCUAUGCCUUAAAGGAUGGGAUAAGUAGCGUUCCAUGAUUAAAAUUUCAUACCAUUUUAAGAGUAAUGAAUAUUACUUAUAUUAAAUAUUGAGAGUGAUGCAUUGAUUCAGAUGUUGGAAUUUGAGCUGGUAAAUUUCUGCAGUGGCUGGCUGAAGCAUUGUGCAGCUUUUUUACAGAUUUUUUUUAAUAUGCUUUAUUGGACGUGUAAUCUGCAGAGAACCUGUGCUAGUAAACAAAAUGUAAAAAAGAAUCCAAAAAAUAAUACACAGUACUCUAUUCACUAUAGCUCUUAAUAUGAACUUACUAAUACAGACUUACAGUCAUCUAUUCUCAGUUGCAGAACAAUAAGCAAAAGCUAUCCAGGCUGUGUGCCAGAUACUACGCUCUACUUUUUGAAAACUUUUUUCCUUCUGGUCAUCUCUCAAAGGGUGACUUACUCCUACUCUUGUUUCCAGAAAGCUGAAAUUCUGCAGGGGUUUUACUGAUGAUUGCUGUUCUGAUAGUAGUUCUGUUUUAUUUGCUUUCCUGCAUUUAUCAAGUCAUUUAUCAAUGCAAAGCUGUCUUAGGCUUUCGAAACUCUCAGGAUCUACACAUCUAGCAAUUUUUUUUUUUUUGCCUUCAUAUGUUUUUGUUUGGUCUUAAAGUGGUGUGCUAGGCCACCAGUGACAUUUUGACAAGGUUUCAUUUCUGCGUCAAAUGCAGACAGACACUGUAGGUGUUAAGUGGGUUAUAUUGGUCUGAUAAUUGUGUGCGGCUAAAGGCCAAAAAACAGCUCUGUUUUGUUGUUUGGAAGCUUGGAACAGGAGUUGCUUCUUACGAUGGUGUGAAAUCAGCUCCAUGUGUACGUAAGCUCUCAGGUCAGUUUAUAAAAACUGUUUUGACAUGUACGUCACCGUGGUGGCAGAAGAUCUUGAGAGAUGCACCAAUAAAGAUAAUUUACUUAACAGCAUUUGGUGAAAUUAAGAAAACACUGAUAGCAAAUUAUUCCAACGAAGAAGCAUCUUGUUGCAUCUUUGUCCUGGAAUCCCCCUGGUCUCCUUGGCUGCGGUUCUAAACAGCUGCUAAGAAAUUCUGUGUCGCUACAUUGAGACCCAUUUUGUGUUCAAAAGUGUAUUAUCAUAUUUAUUUGUGUAUUCUCCAAAUGAAGCACAUUUUCCAAAAUGUCAAUUGUCCAUUAAUCAAAGGAUUUGACUGUCGUCAUUGAACCUACAGUAAACACGAGUACUGCUUGUGUUAGACACACCACACCAACACUGAUAUGGGUGUGGUACAUAACUGCUAUGUUGGUUUUUAGCCAGUUCACACAUUUCUGCUCUUUUAAGAAGUGAAAUAUGCAAAGUUAUAUGGCAUGUGACGUGUGUUUGCAGGAAAAAUCUGCAUAAAUCUGAUGUUAAACAGAUCACUAAAUCUAUGAAGGUGCACAUGACAAAAUGUCUGUUUUCUUUUUCUUUUUAAAGAAGAUGCCAGAAUGCAAUCUUUGUCUUUCAUUAAACUUGACACCAGGUUACAUUUUGAAUAUUUUUCCACCAUGUCCAUGCUUGGGGAGUUGCAGUGUGUCAAUGUCAAUCAUCAAUGUUUAAUGAUUGUUGCUCUGUAAAUACAAUUGAAUAAUGCAAAAAAAAAAAAAAAAAAAUCUGUGGACUCUGUGGUCCACUUGUUGUAUGUUAAUCAAGAGCCGAUGCCUUAUUAAAACAUUCUUCACUGGCUUUUUAUA